AACUUGCGUUCUUUAUCGCCAGCUUCAAGAAAACGGCCUCGACGAGCACAGUUGGCCUAUCUUGAUAAUAAGUUCUUUCACAGCAAGGGCACUAUACUUAAUCUAGGCUCAGUAGAGGAAAACGGAACUACAUCGAAAAAAAAGCUCGUUUUAAAAACGUCGAUGAGGUAAUUACUGUUUUUGUUUCUCAGCUCAGGUAAUUAAGUUGACGUUACAAAAUCUAAUGGAACUUAACUCAGACUAAGGCACAAAGUUAUCCUUUUUCUCAGUUGCAUCGGUAGGGACGAGCUUAAAGAGGGCAAAAUAGUUCAUGACAGCCUAACCCUUUUUUUCCCUAACGCUCAUUUUCUUUUCAUAAGGGUCUGGAACAGGUUAUCCUAAAGCGGAGACGAAGUCAAGUCAUGAGCUCAGUUUUUACCUCUAGUCUCUAAAUAAGGAAAAUUUUAACAAACAUGAGGUUGACCGUCAUCUCGUAACCUGCUAUGAAAUCAGUCGGUGGCCGGGGUGCAUGUGAGCUCGGUUACCGGUCGUUUUGAGACAAGUUUCUUCCGUCGAGUGGUAAACAGUUUCACGAACUUGGCUUUAAAAAAUGAAGAAUAUUCACCCAAAGUGCUGAUUUUUUUCACCCGCUAACCAUCCUUAAAAAGAGAUCGAAACUUUUAUGUAAUUUCACUGCUGGAGUUUGUAUCGAAACGACUUUGUAUCUAGCCGACCAGUUACCGUGAGCUCAAUUUUAUAUAAAUUAAGUCCGGUUUUAAUUUCCCGAUGCUUCCUUUUAUUAAAUGGUAAUGCCGGUAAUACUGAAAAAAAGAUCGAAGAUCAUAUAUAGUUUUUAAGCGCCUGCUUCACAAGGAACACGAUAGUUUCGUAUGUCCGGGAUACACAGUUUAUCGGGAUGACAGGGACUAAAAAAUUCUUCAUUCAAUGUCUCCAUGAAGGCUUUUGAGAUCAACUACCUUGCUGCUGAGGCAUAUUUUUGUUUGAGUCCACCUGUUAGCUUUUGGCCUGGGCUCAGAAUUUCAUGUGACAGCCAGCUGAACGAGCGGAAGUUUUAAGGCGACACAUUUUUCGGAUUCCUGGGAUGAGUUGGUCAUCAUUAAGGUUUUUUUGGUCUCUGAAAGCAUUAGAAUAUGGAAGCUUUGGUUUUGCUAAUAGCAACGUUUUCUUAUCGUGAGCCAAAAACCAAAGCUGAAGCUCUGCGGGCCAAAUUAAGACACUCUCACUCUGCCCGUUAGAGCCCUCAGCUAGUUGAAAUCCCCACCCACUCGUCCCCCAACUUUUCAAUCCUUUGUUUUUUACCAGGCCGUUUCAACCUGGGCACAAACAGCCUUCCCCGCAUUUGAUUCUCACCGGCGUUGUGAAAAUGCUGUUACGAACGGAUUUUCGUUCCUUACCCUUAAGAAAAUGUGUUAAUUAUUACCACUAAAGCCUAAAAGGUAAGAAUCAUCUUCCAGUUUUAUUUUAUGGCUAAUUUUCACCCGUUUUUCCGAGGGCAGCUGUCUCGAACAAUAUGUCCAAUGCAAUGUGCCGUAAUAUGAAAUGCUGGGCGCGCUGUAGUCCUUAUGUUUACUUUUUUUCUCACAACCUUUUUUCAGCUAAUACAUGUUAAACUUCGUCAUAGCUUAAGCAACACACGAAAGAUUGUACCAUAAACAGCAACUAAAUUUUCUGCUAAAGAUUGUCUGUUUUAUGAAUUUAUUUUGGAACGAAUGAUCCUUUUCAUGGAAGACUCGAUCGAUCGGCAGUUUUCUUUGUUCCUUUGUUCCGUGAAAUCGGUACAAGCAAGUUAUUUUCUUAACGUCGAGCUACUCGAAAUAGUUUUUUCGCACCUUUUCCAGCUUUUAUUUUAGACUACACUAACUGCAUAUAAGCUUAAAUAGUUUUCUCAAUACCUCCUUUCAUCUAUUGGGGACCAGCUGUAAUUUAGCUAAUUUAAAGUUGUGUGUGAAAGGCUGUGUUAAAUUAGACCACGUUGGUGCUCUAUCAAUUUUGAUAAUUUUCACGAGACACAAAAAGAGGACAAUCUAUGGGACAGUAAGAAACCUUAAUGUGUUUCCUUUUUGCAGAUUUUAGUGUUCUCUGGAACUUAUAAACUCUCAGUAUUAAAAAAUUCCACUGUCCAGUGACAAAUUCAUAUUUGAUUUUUGUUUUUGUGCCCUUGAAACGAUGGAGAAUAACAACUGUGAUAACGUUGGUUUAUUUUUAUGAUGUAUUUACAGAGGACCAAAUUUCAGUUCGAAGCAUAUGUUGUAAAUUUACUACCAAAUGAAAAACCCAUGCUGACAAUCAGCAGCAGUAAGAAAGAAUGUUACUUUUGUUAUAUUAAAAGAGCCAUUUUUUUUGUAAUUCUUUUUUUCUGUGCCCAUCAUGUCCAAUCUCUACGCCAUCUGUCAAUCAAUAGUGUCAGUUAAGUGACAUUGAUUGUUGCCAAACAAGAAACAAUGCAUUCUUCUGCAUGUUCAAAAUGUUAAAGCACAAAAGUAUGGAACUUUUUUAGAUUUUCAUUUUUGAUGUUACUUGUGGUAGAUUCCUAUUUCUACUUUGUUUUUUGUGUGUGUGCUGUGAUACAAGUGCAACAUGCCUUUUCUUCCUGCACUUAUUGUAUUUCCCUUGAAUUUUGUAUUUAGCAAACAAUAUAUUUAUUUAUUUAAAAACUCACUUUUUGGAUGCCAGUGUUGAUUUUCUUGCUAUGAUCUGGUAAAAAAAAUGUUUGCAACAACCGUUCUGUUUAUCAUUUAGUUAAAUUCAUUUUGUUGCUAAUUUUUGAAGCAUCCUCCAUAUUUCACCAUCCUGAAUUUUCUGACUUAAAGUGAUAAUCAAUAACAAUAAACUCUGCGAAUGCAUCAUCGAUUCACCAUAACUGAUUACUCUUAUCAAUAUAUUAAUCAUCUACAUUGAUUGAUGUUGAUUAACAUUAAUUAAUGUGGCAAUCAACUUGUUGUGUUUGGGAAAGACAAUGCAUUAGACUCUGUGCACUAGCAUUGUUUCUAUUUCUCGAUAAAUUAUCAAAACAAUGUAAUAAAUAUUAUGAUUUCUGAAAUUAUUGAACCAUAUUUCUCUUGAUACAUUUAUGAAGAAAGCUAAUUUUUUUCCCGUGAUAGACGGCUCAUUUACACAAGCACAAAAAAGUGGAAUGGCUUCCAUGAUUAUACCCAUUUGGUUCCUAAAAAGGUUGCAAGACACCUACUGGGACCUCCUCUUUCCGAAUACAUUUGACAUGUAGCAGGGCUUGCAGGUGCCAAGAGUCAUGUCAGUUGUAAUGUUCUUGUGUUUGUUUACCCUACUCAUAUUAGGCAAUUUUGUGGUGCCUUAGCCAGUGUUAAAAGAUGAAUGCUGCGACAGAGGAAGGUGGUGCCAAUUCAACUCCUCACAAAGUAAAAGUUGUUUCACCUUACCUUUCUGAUUCUGCUGGUACAGGAACAUCACAAGACAAUGAAGAACAACAGGUUAGGACUUCAAUCAUUACUAAAAUCUUGAACACAAGGGCAAAAGGCAGGCACCUAUUUUAUAAUACAGUCGAAGCUCUCCUUUCGACCACUCUCAUAAGCGACCAGCUCUAGUUACGACCACCUUUUUGAAACCCUAUUUGAAAUGUUCUCGUAAGCGACCACUCCUGUAAGCGACUGCGACCACUUUUGGGAUUAUCCAACUGGACUUUCCUUUGUGUUUUUUAGCCCUCGUAGGCGACCACUCAGAGCCCUAUUCAUAUAAAUCAACACUUAGAUGAAACUGCACACUCGCCAGUGGUUCUAAUAUUUAGAUUUGGGUUAUUUUGGUCUAAAAAAUUGGACAUAAAGUUCAGCCUUGUCUAUAUCAGAUAUAAAGACACUCAUUAAACAUUAAUUUAUUUUGUUCUUUCUUUAAUGAAUUAUUAAUCAAUAAGCAACCACCCUCGAUUGUUUUACCUUGCAGUCAUUUUCAAGAGCUCAUUCUCGUAAGCAACCAGCUCUAGUUUCGACCAUUUUUUUGAAUUCUCGAGGUGGUUGCUUACGAAAGCUUCAGCUGUAUAUGCAGUACAGUAUUAAUGUACAGUGUGCAGUGUAUUUUGUGACUGGUUUUCCUUUUGUAAGAUGUCUUAUUAUUUCUACCAUUUUGAUUUUGGAAUACAGAGGAGGUCUGGGAAAAAUGUAGAAAAAGGUUUUUUGGGAUUUUCAUGUUUCUCAUCCAUUAUUAAUUUUAUACCCCAUCGGGCAAAAUGGUUAAAGGCACUAGGUAACAACUUCAGCACAGAAUUGACCAAAUACUGCAAUAAUAUCAUCAUGAAACAGCCUUUUUAAAACAAAACAAAGACUGAAUUCAGUUUGCUUUGUUUACAGGUAGCAGCAUCUUCUCUGGCUAACCGCCAGCAACGACAGCAACGAGUAUACAACAUGAUGAAAGAUCUCCAGCAAAAGCACUUAGCAACACUUUUGCAAGGAGAAAUGAGUGAAAGGGAAAAUAAUGAUAUGCAAGAGUCUCAGAACAUUUGUCGUAUAUGUCACUCACUGGGCGAUGAACCACUCAUUACACCAUGCCACUGUUCUGGAUCAGCUAAGCAUGUACAUGCAACAUGUCUGUUAACUUGGUUUAAAAAAGCUGUAAAAAACACCUGCGAACUCUGUCGACAUAAAGUUGCUAUCAAGAAGAAAGGAAGGCCAUAUUCAGAGGUUGUUGAUAUGUACUUUUUGACUUUAAUACAUGUAUGUCUAGUACAUAAUACAAUGCAACUACUGAAACUGACACACUUGGAAGAAGUAAGCGUUUAUCCAAUAGCAACGUUUUUUGAAAGCAAAAAAUUCUCAUUUUUUUGCAAGCGAGCAAAUAAAACUCAAGGUUCAACUACGCAGCGGUUGGAAACGUUAAAACCAUUUGAACUAACCUGACCUCUCAGGAAACAGCCCUCAAAUCUAUGAAUAUUAUCAGUCCAUUCACAAAAGAAAAAAAUUAUUGUGCAUCUUUCGUUUUCAAAAAAAGUUGUGAUUGGAUAAUCUUCCAAGUGCCCCAAUUCGGGUAGUCAUGCUGUAAAUGCUUGUUUUAUAAGUGCAUAAACAUUCAAUCCUAGCUAUCUGUGUGGUACUAGUGUAUAGCAAAGAUUCAUGGUCUUAAGAAAAUAACCUUUUCCCUCAACAUUUGCAAAUGCUCAGCCAGCUUUAUUAUAAUUGUCUUGGAUAAGGAUGUAUGUAACUACCCCAGAAGUUAUUUCAUUAGCCCCAAAAAUUCACUAGCCAUAUAGCCAAAUCCACUAACCCCCAGGCUGUUGGACACUUAUUUUUUGGCAUGCUGCUCUUGAGUAAUUAUGAUAUUUCCUUUAUUAAAUUUCAGUGGCGCAAGCCAGAAGACAAGCCUAUUCCAAUAAUAUGGUUUACAGUUUUUCUUGUUGGACUAUUUCUCAACGUAUUUGCCAUUGCUGUCAAUGCAUCAGCUCUGUGCUACACCACGCCUUGUGUGAUUUUCUAUGUUGUCAAUGGAUUUGGAGUGAUUCUGGAUGCUGCCUUUCUUUAUUUCUGGUGGACAAAGUGUUUGUUCUUUUGGAGGAAAUGGUGUGCCUUAAACCAGGAUUGGUCAAUUGUGAUUGGUCCUGGCCAGUUAGCUCCUCAGCGGACAAAUCAGGAUGAACGGAAUGGAGAUAGGACUACUACAUCAUGCAUACAAAUGCCUCAUAUUGUAUAAUACUACAAAAGCAAGUGCUGUUAGUAACAUGUAAUAAGAAAUCAAGUGCUCAUCAAAUUUGAUUGACAUUUUUGGUUUAUUAGUUGACUUAAUGGCCUUGGUGAUGAAUUAAUAUAAAUUGCAGUCACUUAACUUUGUAUCAUAAGAUGAAGUGGCAAGUAGUGCAUGAACACCCAGGUGGGUACAGACUUGAAUGGGACCAUUGGUUGACAACUCAUCAAUGUCAAAAUAAGCUGAGAACGGUGAAUGAUCAGUUAGGGUUUUAACUCUAGUUAUAAACUUGACUGAUCAGUUAAAUCUAAAUUUUAUCAGUCAUCAGUCACGCUGAAGGAUUUCCAAUUUCCCUAUGUGUAGUCGUGCCCUCCCGGCAAGGUGAGGGUAUGGCUUCACUUAGGCUACUUCCAACAGCUCUUCAAUUUUAAAUGUCAUUGUCAUCAACAGUCCUAUUCGGAACUACUACACUCACUCAGAUGACCAUGUUACACUUCCCUAUGACAGAAUUCCGCUGUUCAAUAGAUAAAUAAUUUACCUGCCAGUGAAUUAUUGUCAGCUGUGUAAAGUUAUUAUUUAUGGCAAAGAACUUUAUUUUAAAACUUAUAAGUUAUUAAUUAUCACAUCAGUAUUACCAUAUCAAAUUAUUUAGGUUGUAUAAUAUAAUUUAUUUGUAAUAACAUUACCAAGAAUUAAGUUGAAAUUUGUUAGGUUUAUCAGACUAAUGUGAUAUAAUUUAUAGAUAAUAUAUUGACAGUGGUUGCAACUGAGAACUAAAUUUUGCUUAUGCUGACAUGACUGGAAGGGGAAAUAGACUUAAAAACUAUUAUUUCUAGUUUUUACGCUUCUCUCGUUGAUCUUGUCAUUUUUGAACAAAAAUAAAGGAUUAGAAGGGGAAAAAUGUAUAGUACUUUGUCAUUCGCAAAUGAGACAUUUAUUAAAGCACAAGUUUGAGUUUGCCCGAGCCUCUGUUUCAAAGCAAGGCUAAGGGCGAAGCUACUGAUAUGAAAAUCAUUUUUAUUCUCAUGCAAAUUGAACUUAUAUUCAGUUAAGAAAGGUUUUGCACUUAGCCUCGUUUUGAAAGUGACAUUUUUUUGGCACUUACCAAUGGCCUAUCAAAAUAUUACCUGUAGAUAACGUAUUGGCCAAAAUUUACCCAAAGAACAGUCAACUGUUACAAAAUAAGAAUCAGGAAUAUGAUUUUCCUAAAUUCCUAGGGAAUACAAAGAAAACGUUCUAAAAUUUGUCAGUUUGAGUGGGGAGGGCAUAAAGGCUUUCCCAUUUCUAAAUUUUCUUUUUGUUUAUACAUUAUGUGG